CUUAAGAGGAUCCCGCAUCAGCAUGUGAGGCACAUCUGCAGAGAGGCCAGCACUGCAGCAAACAGACACCGCAGCAGCAGGACGUGUGUGUGCACCCAGGUUGAAGAACAUCAAAGAUCAUGGCAGAUGCCACCUUCAAACAGGAGUUUCUGGAUGCCCACAACACGUACCGUAGGAAACAUGGAGCCCCAGACCUGACCACGAGUGCCAAGCUGUGCUCCUCUGCCCAGAAGUGGGCUGACCACCUGCUCACCACCAAGAACCUUGAGCACAGUGACACCAACUAUGGCGAGAACCUGUACUACUCCUGGUCCUCUGCACAAAAGAAGCUGGCCGGGAACGAGGCAGUGGACAGCUGGUACAAUGAGAUUAAGGACUACAAUUUCAGCAACCCUGGAUUCAGCUCUGAAGCAGGGCACUUCACCCAAGUUGUGUGGAAGGGGUCUAAAGAGGUGGGCGUGGGCCUUGCCACUGACGGGAACUACUUUUUCGUGGUGGGCCAGUACAACCCUGCGGGGAACAUGACCAGCGACGGCUGCUUUGAGGAAAACGUCCAUCCUCCAGUGAAAUAAACGGCCGUGCCUUUUACUCCGGGAGCGCAGAGUGGCGACGUCCUGCAGUCUCCAGGGAUUCCAGUUAUCUAGUCUGGGAACGCAGAGGCAGGACACAUGACCCAGCACAUUCGCUGAAUUUAUAUACAUAUAUAUAUUUUAUAUAUAUAUACACAUACACAUUUAUAUACAUAUAUAUUUUAGUGGCAUCAAUCAAUUUAAAAACUGAUCCAAUCAAACACAAUAAUAGGCUGUGAUUGAUCAUGAUUAAUCAUAAAUUUGAAAUGACAGUGGGCUGUUUGUUUGUAUUUUUUCGAAGAUUAAGCAAAUGCAUAUGUGGUCUUGGAACAAAGAAAUGAAUGACAAACUGGUCUGAGGAAUCACGUAUUUUAAAUAUAACAUCUUGGUCUUGAUAGUUAAAACCAUUUAGUUGCAUGGUUCCGAAUGUGUAAGUAGCUCAUGUAAUUAUUGACUAUGCUUUUGGGAAACGUAGCCCCACUCUGCUUUUACUUUUUAAUUUUUGUCAGAACUUAGUUCCUUCCAUUUUGGAACGAACAGAGAGCACGUAAGUUGGAUCAUUCCUGUGAAUUUUACAAGUGAAAAAGUUAAUCUUUUUAUGUACAAUAUGUAAUAAAUAAUAAUGAAACCUAA